AUGCUAACUGGACGUCUAGCUAAAUGGCAGAUAAUUCUCUCAGAGUUCGAUAUUGUGUUCACUUCACAGAAAGCUGUCAAGGGGCAAGCUAUAGCUGAUCAUUUGGCGGAAAAUCCAAGGGACAAUGAUUAUCAGCCACUCCGUACUUAUUUCCCUGACGAGAGGGUCCUAUUUGUAGGCGCCACGGACGAUAUAAGUGAGCAAAGCCCUGAAUGGAGGCUUUUCUUCGACGGAGCUUCAAAUUCUCUAGGAGCUGGAAUUGGAGCUGUUCUGGUUUCGCCCGAAGGAAAACACUACCCUGCCGCUGCCAAAUUGCAAUUUGUUUGUACCAACAACAUGGCUGAAUAUGAAGCUUGCAUUUUUGGUCUCAACAUGGCUUUGGAAAUGGAGAUCAAGGAGUUGAUAGCUUUCAGCGAUUCAGAUUUGCUCGUGUACCAGACUUUGAAGCAGUGGAUAACCAAAGAUUCGAAAAUUCUACCCUACCAUUGUAGUCUGCUCACUUUGGCCAAGCAGUUUCAAAAUUUGGAGUUUAGACAUCUCCCGAGAGCCCGAAACGCAUUUGCUGAUGCUUUGGCCACCUUGGCUUCCAUGAUCCAAUACCCAGAUGAAUUGAAGAUCGAACCAAUCCAAAUUCAACUUCAAAACAAGCCAGCCCACUGCUGGGCUGCAGACGAGUCCUCGGAUACUACUCCUUGGUUUAAUGAUCUUAAAGAGUUUCUCAAAACUGGGUCCUACCCUCAGCAUGCCGCCGAAGUUGAGAUUCCUUCGUUGCGAAUCCUCAUGGAAGCUAAGUUGGGAGAGGCUGAUUGGAUAAAGCAGCGCCAUGAACAAUUGACGUCGAUCGAUGAAAGGCGAUUCAAUGCUAUCUGUCAUGGUCAGUGUUAUCAAAAGCGUGUGGCCCGGGCUUACAACAAAAAGGUCCAUCGGCGGGCAUUUGAAGAAGGUGAUAAGGGCAGGAUGAAGGCAGAGGCUGGCCUUCAUCCUGACCAUUCAGUGGAGGGUUUAAGGGCCUUGGAGUUCCAUAUAAAAGCAGAAAAGAAAACAUCAGCCGCAAGAGGGAAUUUUUUGGAGAGCAUUGACAGGCCGAAAGAAAAACUGAGCAAGGGUUUUGGGGAGAAGGGGGUCUGA